GAAACGUCAGACCGGAAGCUGCUCUCGGGGUGUACUAUGUGUCAGUGGAGCAGGAUUUUUGUUUUGCUUUACCUUCCGAGCAAGUGAACGGCUUACCGGAGGCGGGAGGAGAAGUUUUCCACCUCUCCACCAUGGAGGCUCGGCCACAUUUCUCCCGAGAGGAGAUCAACAGCACGGUGUGGGAAGUCCCGGAGAAAUACACGAGGCUCAAACAGAUCGGAACCGGAGCGUACGGCUCGGUGUGCUCUGCGACAAACGAGAAGACUAAAGAGAAAGUGGCCCUCAAGAAGCUCCACAGGCCCUUCCAGUCAGAAAUAUUUGCCAAGAGGGCUUACAGAGAGCUGCGGCUGCUCAAACACAUGAAGCAUGAAAACGUCAUAGGGCUCCUCGAUGUGUUUACACCUGCCUCCAGCCUGGAUGACUUCCAGGACUUCUACCUGGUCAUGCCUUACAUGUUUACUGACCUGUCGAAGGUUCGAGGCCAUCUCUCAGAGGACAAAGUGCAGUUUCUCGUCUACCAGAUGCUCUGUGGACUCAGGUAUAUUCACAAGGCUGGAAUCAUCCACAGGGAUCUGAAGCCGGGAAACUUGGCCGUUAAUCAAGACUGCGAACUGAAGAUCCUGGACUUCGGGCUGGCUCGCAGCACCGACGCGGAGAUGACAGGCUACGUGGUGACCCGUUGGUACCGGGCACCUGAGGUCAUUCUGAACUGGAUGCACUACACCCAGACUGUGGACAUCUGGUCUGUGGGCUGUAUCAUGGCAGAAAUGAUCAAUGGAAAAACCCUUUUCAAAGGGAAAGACUACAUGGACCAGCUGACUCAGAUCAUGAAAGUCACCGGAGUGCCUGGACCGGAGUUCGUACAGAAACUGGACAGCCCAGAGGCCAAAAGUUAUAUCAAGGGCCUUCCUCGCUUUCCCAGAAAAGACUUCUCCACGUUGUUUCCCCGAGCCAGUGAUAAGUGCAUCGACCUGCUGGAGAAGAUGCUGGUUCUGGACGGAGACGAGCGGCCGACGGCCGAGCUGGCUCUGGAGCAUCCGUACUUUGACGGCCUGCGAGACCCGGACGACUUUCCCGAGCCGACGCCGUACGACGACAGCCACGACAACGCCACGCUGUCCCUGGAGGAGUGGAAGCGGUUAUGUUUCAAAGAGGUGAAAAGCUUUGUGCCAUUCCCCCGGCGGGACUCCAAGAGGAAGAACACCCUGACUAUGUCUCCGUGAUCCCAGGAAACUACUGAUGCAGCCAACGGUGCCCUUGUAAAUCCCCUUCCCAGAUUCCUUUAGCUGAUCCUUUUAACUCCUCACACAUGGAGAUUUGCAAUCAGUGUUCAGAGGAGUGAAGAUGUUUAAACUGCCCCAUCAUCUUUUUUUAAAGUAACGUGCAAUUGUUUCCUAAAUGUAGAUGUUUUUAUGUUAGACAUUCCCAACCAGUGAAUUGUGAUGCAGAUUUACUGUGACAUUGUUUUGCAGUGAAAUAAUAAAAGCAGGUGUGUGUCACGUAAA